AUGAUGAGCGCAGCCUCUUUCCAACCCCCUCUCGGCGGUCGUCCGCCACAAUACCGUACGCCGUCGCCGCCGCGACGCGCCGUCGAGCCCAUCACACCUUCGACGGUCGAAUUCCACACCGCAUGGACCGAGCGCGGCGGCCCUCGAGCUGCCAGCUUGGAUGGCGACCAACGUGUAUCAACGAACAAUCGGACCGGCGCAAGCGGCAAUUCGCAUCACCGUUCGGGUCAUGGCCGCUCGAGCUCGACCAUCGACACGCUUGCGACCAUCGCCCUCGCGACCAGCCCGACCUUCACACCUCUCCAACCACAACUUCCCUCGCCUAAUCUCGGGUCAGCGAUGCCCUUGUUCCCCACCGACUCGACAGACACAGAACGCCCCGCGAAACGGGCCCGGUCGGAGAGGGACGUGUCGCCGUAUCGCAUCCGACCGAACCUACCCUCGAGUCCACCCCAUUCCACCCUUAUCGACAGCAUGAAAACGGACGCGGAGCUUCUGCUGAACCUUGCACGCCCCACCAAUUUCCAGCCCGGUCAUACGAAGCGAGUCAGUAUCGGCGAAACCUACCACUACAGAAACGACGCUGCGCGUCACACUCGAGUUGGCUUUUCCGGUGGUGGACACGGGAGCCAUAAUGAUGUGAAACCGAUUUAUGAAGACCAUGUCCCGCCGUCUCGCAUGAGAUCCCGCUCGGAUGGCUCAGCAUUCAUGUCGCGCCCGGUGAUCCGCGGUGUCCGUCCAACCACCAGCUCCGGCUCUCUCCCGCCCAUUGUCUGGGAGGAUGAGAAUGAAGACAAUGUGUGGCAUCCACCAGCAGGCGCUCCUGAAUACCCGAGCUACGGCGACCACCCAUGCGCCGAGUACCAGACCCCUAAAUCCAUGGGUCCGCCACCGAAGGUCGAAGAGGAAGAGGAGAAUGAUACGGGCCAAGCAAGCUGCGCCGCAUGCCACAUGGUGCGGAUCCCGGUUGAGACCGAGGAACAGGAAGAAGACACAUGGAUAAGCUGCGACGGUUGCAAACAAUGGUUCCAUAUCGUCUGUGCUGGUUUCAAGAAUGACCGGGAGGUUCGCACGGUCGACAAAUUUAUCUGCCGUGGGUGCCGCCCCAUUUAUGGGCAAACCACUUUCGUACGCAAGUCAUCGCGAGCCCGCACGGCCAUCGACUACGGCAGUCUCAACCAGGGCCUGGUCAAGGCGGCUACCGAUUCCUUGGAACACCACUACCUCGAACCUAUUCGCCAAGGCAAGAUUCGAUUCAAUGAGGAGAACUUUCCUCGGAUGAAGCCGGAGUUGGUCACCGCGGAAUAUUUCGAACGAGGCAAUGGAUGGACAGAACCUAUCGUCAUUCCUGCCUGCUGGAACACCCGCGAGUCAGUUCCCGAGCUGGAUUCCAAGUUCGAUGAUCUUGUCCAGGAGGCUUCUUCUCAGGAUGUGUUUGACGAAUUGCUCGAGAACCUGCCUGAGCAGGAGACUAGCGUCGAAGACACCGUUGACUGUGGCCAGGAUUUGCUGGAUAUGGUGAUUCCCCAGGGUCUCACCGUCCGAGCUGUCGCCGAGCUCUAUGGCCCCGAGGAAAGGGUUGAGGUUAUUGACGUCAAGUCUCAGCAGGGAGAGGAUAAGAGGUGGAACAUGCAGAAAUGGGCCGACUACUACGAAAGCACCGAAUCCAACAAGCCGGUCCGAAACGUCAUUAGCUUAGAAGUGUCACAGAGCAGACUGGGCAGGCUCAUCAAGCGGCCCAAGGUUGUGCGAGACCUUGAUCUGCAGGAUGCUGUUUGGCCUGAGGAGCUCAAGGCGGUUGGUGACUUUCCAAAGGUCCAAUUUUAUUGCUUGAUGUCUGUCGCCGAUUGCUAUACCGACUUUCACAUCGAUUUUGGUGGUUCUUCCGUCUACUACCACAUACUGAAGGGCAAGAAGACCUUUUUCUUCAUUCCUCCAAAGGAUAAGCACCUGAAGAAGUAUGAAGAAUGGUGCAACUCCCCUGCCCAGGACUCGAUUUUCCUUGGGAACCAAACCAAGGAAUGUUAUCGUGUGGAUCUAUCAGAGGGUGAUACUAUGUUGAUUCCGUCUGGAUGGAUCCACGCUGUGUGGACCCCGGAGAACAGCUUGGUGAUUGGCGGCAACUUCCUCACACGCCUGAACUACGGCAUGCAAAUCAAGGUGCUCAACAUCGAAAAAGAGACCAAGGUGCCUAAGAAGUUUCGGUAUCCCUUCUUCCAAAAGAUCCAGUGGUAUACAGCAUUGAAAUAUCUGGAGGACGACCCAGUUCCUCAGAAUGUGCUGGAAGCAUUCUUGCAGGAUGACAACUACCGCUUCCACCGGAAUUAUCCUCUCUACUAUGAGUUCGGAGAGCGUUCCAACCAGGAUCUUGCUGGUUCCCCGUACUAUAAUGCGCGUUUCUACUCGCAGGCAGAGCUGGAGGGUCUACCUGAGUUGACCAAGUAUCUUCUUCGGACGGCGCUCAUCGCGUCCUCCUACCUCGUCGACGGUGUGACCAUGGAGGUCCGCAAUGCAGUCAAGCGCUCUAUCCCGAAGAGUGUCGGAGACCCAGUUGAUACGAUCAGAAAGUUCGGCAUGUGGGUAGCGUGGAAGCGUGGCAACGAGAAGGCUCCGCUGUGGACUCGACCGGGUGUCAUCGAAAGCAAUCCCAAGGUCUCCCUCAACGAGAAGAAGUCCGCAGGGCGACCUAGUCGCCGCUCCGAGCGCACUGUGGAUCACCAACAGACUUAUGCUGAAAGACAAGCCGUUCAACGCCCCUCCGAGGAAGUGUCUGAGACGCUCAGCCUUCCACCCAACAGCAGUGCUUAUGUGCCCUCAGGCAGUGCCACUCCCGUCCCAGUUCAGUUCACUUACGAUGUCAGUGCCAAGGAGACCGCACCUAAGCCGCGUACUAUUCAGCGGGGUUCUGGCCUUGGCCCGAAACGAGUUGCCUGUGACGCCUGUCGGAAACGACGCAUCCGCUGUCGCCACAAGGAUGAACAGAACGAGUUGAUGUUGGGCAAGCAAAUGGCAGUCAAUACGUUCACGCCCGGAUCAGGUCUGAGCACUCCGUCCUCUCUGGCGCAAGAUGCCGUCUCGGCAUUGAAUUCCCUUGCAGCAAUUGCGUCUCAAGCUGGAUUUCAGAACAGCCCCCACCUGGUCGGCCUUGAUCGGUACGAUGGCUCGGGGAUGUUUCAUUCGACGGCCAUCCGAAACUCCACGGCAGACAUCAACCAGUUUAAUGACGGAAGUCCUGACGGGACGAAUGGUGGGAAAAAGGGACGAAACAAGGCAUGUGAAGAUUGCCGCAAGAGCAAGCGCCGUUGCAUCCACGACGAAUAUGGCCGGAUUGACCCGAUCAAAGCCCAAGAGCGGUCGAAGCCUCGUGCUACUGCUUCUACAAAGCGAGUUCGACCUGCUGAUGAAGAUGGCACCCCGGUCACUUCCAAGAAAACAAAGCAGGAAAGCAUUUCACCCACAUCACGUCCAGCAUUCUUUGGUCACGGCGAACAAAAGGACUUGGGGAUGCAGGCCGUCCCGAAGGGUGUUGACGGCAACGAGCCUGCCAACCACACUGCCAGCAAACUACCGGCACAACCGGGGGCGAUCACCAACCACGUCUCGUACGUCUCACCACCUGGUUUCCAAACCGAGGACAAGGACUCCAUGGCUAUGUCAUCGCAGCCCACUGCAUCUCUGGUAUCACCGCCCACGUCGCUGGCCGACGAGAUGGACGUAGUCCAUGACAGUGAUCUCAUGGCGUCUGUGGAAGGCGAGGUAUCCACCGCGCUUCACACGCCAAACUCCAACUCUCGCCAUUCGUCUCGUCAGCCCCGAUAUGUCGAUCGAUAUGCGCCAGAAGCUCCCACAAACCGAGUCUCGAAGCCCGCGAGUCGCACAACCACCGCACGCAGAACCACUCCUGCUCCGCCAGCUUCGUCAAAGAAGCCUUCAUCUCGCCCGUCGUCGUCCCACGCUAAGAAGAGCUCUCCGAUGGUUGAGAGGCGGUUCAAUCGUCAUUUCGCUUCGUCACUGUCUCCGCGCCAGUCGGUCAAGCCUGCCAAAGCCGGCAGCCCAGAGGAAGACCCAGAGGAGAAGAGUUUGCGUCUGAUCCGGGAACUCCAGGAGCAGGAUUUUGGUCUGCGAAAACGCUCGACGCGAGUCUAG